CUUGUGUCCCUUCGAGCCGGAUCCGGCCCCGAAGGGCCUGAGCGGGCGACGCCGCCGCCGCGACGUCACUCGCACACGCGCCGCCGCCCUCCCCCUCCCCGGCGAUCGAUGCGACGGGCGGAAAAAAUCGGCAACGUGUGGCUGUUUCGGGCGCUUUUCGAAAAAUUCCCGCCGUUUUCGAUCGAAUUUCGAUUGUUUCGCACGCGUCCACCCCAUUGGCUGAUAACGACAGCGGUUGCUCUGUUUACAACGUGGUCAAUUAUGAUCUAGUUACCUGCGAGUGCGGUGCCUACUCGAUUGUGCGAGCGUUUUUGGGGCACACCGAAAAGAAGGCUGGUGACGUUUCAGCACACUAGAUAAUGAUAAAACUGCCUGAUGCAGCAUGCCGGACUUCAGUAUGGCCAAGGAGCUGCCAACUCCCACCAAUCACCACCAUUCGCUCACGCUGACAUAUCGCAAACUAACGGUGGGAACACGACAAGCUCGCUUCGCCAGUUUCGGAAGAAAGAUGGCACCGACAAAAAUUCCAGUACGGACUUGAACACUUCCGUUGAAAGUAGCCACAUCGCUAGGGUCCCUCCGCACAAUCACUACCCAGCUAGACCAAAUGACUAUUAUAGGUAUCAGCACCAGUAUCCUGACUAUAGUUUGCCAUAUAAGGAAACCCCAGCUCAAGUGAAGUAUUCAGAAAUUGCUGAAACUCCUCCUCAGUCCAUCCAACAUGUAGAUCAUAUCCCAGCCGCCCUCCAAAAACACAAAGAGGUCCAUAAGGAUUUUAUGGAUAUGUGCAACAUCAGCCAGCAGACGCACAUGAAGCAGAAUUACCCCGAUAACCUCACGAGGCAGCAGAGCUAUCCACCAGAUGCCGCCUCCGUACACCAUCAGUACCUGCAUAAGGAACCUCAGGUCCACCCCGGCUACAAGCCCGAAUCUCAAUACCAGCAGUACCCUCAAAUCCCCAAGUACAACAUGCCCUCCCAGUGCCGCAAGUACCCCCCACCGCCUCCCGAGAACGACUUCUUGGCGAAACUGCAACGCAUCAACCCCUCCAUGGCCCGCUCCAUCAUGAGCGACCACCACAUCCGCGAAUCCCAAACCACUUACCCCUCCAUGGACCAAAACCGAAUGUACUCCCAAAACCAACGGUACUACCCUACGCACCUCCAAAAUAACCUUUCCUACAACUACCAGCCGUACAACUACCCGUCCUCCUGCAACUACAAGCAUCCGGAGUAUCCUCGGUCCAACCAAAUGGGAGUAACUGGCACCCAAUACCCCUCCCUCAAUCCGCACACCGAAAGGAGUAUAUCUCCUCGGAACGUCCACAUGAUGAACUAUGGUACUUCCCCGCAGAAGAUUUCUCCAAACUACUCCCAGUACACGCCGCCGGAGUACGCCCAGCACUACCAGCACAGGAGGACGUCGAUACCCCAGGAUUACUACCAGCAAACGUGCCGGACCAACCCGUAUAUGGCGGGACACCAAAUCUCCCCGGAGCCUGCCGACAACAGGACGGCAAGCGGGGGGCUGAGGCACUACAUAGAAAACUGGGCGGAGGAGGAGGGGGCGGACAUCACCCCCAUUUUUAAAGAGAAUAUCAGGAUACACAAUAACGAAUCGAGUAGCAACGAGCAAGUUUUCGUUAUAAAUUCUUCCGAUAUUCCUCAGUGUCUAGAAAACGUUUCGCUGGUGCCCACGGAAAACGGCCAAUACAUUAUCAAAACGGGGGCUUUAGAUAAUUCGGUAGUCAAAAUCAAAGAAACCACUGAAACGAAUGGCGAGAGGACGGUGAACGUUCAGAUUGUAGAGGCUGGGCAGAAACCCGACUGCAUGCUAGCCGAAGAAGCGGAGAAGACGACCAUUGAAGCAACUCCAACAGUGCCUUACCACGAAAAUCAAAACGAAAAAGUCUGUGAUGAAAUAACCAAAUCUAGCCAACCUGUCGAAGAACAGCAAGAAAUACAAAAAGAAACCACCCACCCCUCCGAGGAAAUACAAGAGAAGAACGACGAAAGUAGUGCAGAGACAAGUGUUAUCGUUUCAAACGAAGUGUCAGUAAUCAAAGAUAUGCCUCUAAUAGACGAAGAACAGGCCAAAAUUGACGCAGAACGCGGCAAAAGUGAAGAAGAACACUCCAACGCGGAAAAAGAAGAAGAAAAACAACAAGAAAAACAACAAGAAACUCAAAGCAAAGCUGAAACAGUACCUGACGUGGCGUUCGACGAUACCACUGACAACAAAGACGAAACAACCAACCAAGAGGAAACCGAAGAAGAUAAAGAAGUGCCUGAAGAAAGUGUCUUAACUAGUACGACCAAACGGACCCAACGCAUUUUUUCAGUUGACGAUAUCAUCAACAACAUUGGAAGUUCUCCUACGGAAACACGGAGAAAUAGCCUACAAUUUGUGCCUAAAGGAACGGAAGAAGAAGUGACCGAAGAAAGUGUAACCAACGACAAAGUGAACGACGAGGAAGUUGUAAACGACGAAAUGGAAUACAGAAACGCGAUAUCCGUAGACGAUGAUAGUGUAAUUUUAGAAAUAGGAGGUGCUUGGGUGCAACUAAACAUCGACCAUCUUAAUGGUACUAAAGUGUUGCGGGUACUACCGUUGUCGGAAUCAUUAGUGAUCGACGUUAACCGAAACGAUCCAGCUAGUGAAGAAACGGGUUUGACGACGACUGAAGAAAGUAGCCAAAAUCCUGAAACGACUAGUGAAACAGUGCAAAACAUUGAUCCACUCGACGAAAAUGAGGCAACUGAUUUGGCCAAAAAUUUAGACGAGGAAAAUCAGUUAAUUGAAUUGAGCGAAAAGUUAGACGACGAGCAUACAACGCAACAAAAAGAAGUUGCACCGUCUGAGGAGAGUUCACCAAAGACUGACCCAUCUCAAAGUAAUGUACAACAAUCUGCUGAAAGUGAAGAAAUUCUUCCUAAAAAAGUAGCAGAAAACCUGGAGACUGACGUACAUCUAGAAGAAAUUAGCUCUAGUGUGUACCAAAGCGAAAUCGUCAUCGGUGAAGAAAUCCUAGAGAAUGAAGUAUUUCUAGAUUUAACUCAUGAUGCAACCACACAAAACGCUUCAACGGAAACAACUGUACACAAUCCCACGGUAGUAAAAGAAGAUACGAAGAGUUCCACGGUGGUAGAAGAAGAAGACACAAAGAAAAUAGUAGAGACCAACAGAAGACGAGAUGAAAAAAGAAGAUCAAAGGACGGCGAAGAGAGAAGACGCUCUAGCAGCAAGAAAAUAAGAACCGAAGAAAGAAAAGAGAGUGAAGACCGUUCUAAAACGAAAAAGAUGCAGAAAUCAGAAGAAAAUGAUAAGGUGGUAAAGAAGACCAAAACUGAAACUAAGAGAGAUACUAGUGAAGAGCCAAAGAAAAAAGAUAUCUCGUCGUCCAAGAAAGUAGAAAAGAAAGUGACCUCACAAACGAGUGUAAACGAAGAAGACGUGAAAAAGAAAGAUAAGCACGAAGAAGUUUUGAGGACGAAGAAACAAGACAAGAGGUUAACGCCGCAAAAUAGUGUGGACGAAAAUGAUGUGAAACGGAAAGAUAAAGAUAAACAAGAGGAAGUUUCCAAAAUAAAGAAGUUGGAACGAAGGUUAACAUCUCAAACAUCUGUAAAUAAUGAAGAGGAGAAGAAAGAGAUUUCUGAAAGUAGUACUAAAGUGAGGAAACAAGAGAGGAAGUUGUCACUAACCAUAAGAACUAAGCAAGAGGACGAAACCUCAAAGCUGAAAACUAUUCAAGAAGAAAGUCCAAAAUCUGGAAAGAAAGAAAGGAAGUUGUCAACAUCCGUAAAUACAGUAGACGAUAGACCCACUAAAGAAAAAGAAAUAUAUGAAGAUACCAGGUUAAUUAAAAACGAGAGAAAACUGCCACCACUAGAAAAUGUGAAAGACGAAUCAGACGACAAAGUUGUACAAGAAGUAGUAAAACCUGUUAUCAAUGAGGAGACAGUUACUGUAAAUACAACGGAAAAAGAAAUUUCAGAGCGCACAGAAACGAAAUCAGAAGGGAAAUCGUUAAAAGAGAAGAAAUCAAUAUCACAUCCAAUUGUGGAUGAAAACAACCAAAAACCAACCGAUCCCCACCAGACUGAACCUACCGGUGAAGAAAUAACCAACCCUCCAACUCCCAUAGAAGAAAUCAAACUAGUAGAAGAUAAUAAAAAAGAUGAAAAACCAGAAGAGACGAUAGAGUACCAUAAAGAAUCGCAAGAGGUGGUGAAGGAAGGAACACCUCCAAACAGCGCUGACGUGGUACGACUGGCUGAAGAAAUGAUAGCACGAAGACAAUUAGAAGAAACUAAAGAAGCAGAAAAGCUUCCUACGAAAGCAGCGAAGAAGCUAUAUGUCAAUAAUUCUCCUCUUAUAUCAAACGUAGCCAAAGAAAUUAAACUGAAAGCUGAAGAAACAGCGAAGCCGAAGAAAACCAUAUCAAAAUUAGAAGAAACCGUUAACAAAAUAAAGUCGCUCAAAGAGAAAGUUGAUAAAGAUAACGGCAGAAUGAAGAAGACUUCCAUGAAGGACACAACGGAAAGAAGGAACCCUAAAACCCCAAAGAAGGUAACGUUUAAUCUUGAAACGGUUGUUCGAGAAAUAAGUAAAGAAGAAAUUGAUAGAAAGAAAUUAAGUUUGGAGGAGUAUAAUAGCAGGAAGCGGAAAGCUCCGACUCACUUCGAGCCGGAAGAAGAAGAAGAAAUGCAGAAUAAAAUAAUGGAAGAUACGGUGACUUCGACUGGUGACGUGAACGAUGAAAUAGUCGAAGAAGUGGAACUUUCAAUCGAAAACGUGAUUAAAGAUGCCGAGUUGAAGAAAUCUCCCCUCAAAAUGGCUCCAAGCAACUGGGAGAACGAUACUCCGUCGCCCCAAUCCCCCAUCAAAGAUGAGGUUAUGUCGACGACGAAUCGGAAGUGCAUUAUAGACGUGAACGAAUUUAAUAUUAAACCCAUAGAAAGUGUUUCCACCCCAUCUCCGGUUUCUUCCUCCCAGUUCUCGUACCAUUCCGAAGACGACAGCCUCCAAGUGUACAAAGACGUAGUUGAUUCAAAACUCAACUCCCUAAAUAUAAAAAUUCCUAAACUAAGUAAACCCAAGCCCUUCGAUAGACUAACGGUUUUGUUAGACCGGUUUCUAAAUAAAGGUAGUUUAAAUUGCGAAGAAUUAGAAGAAGUAAAGAAAUUCAUAGAAAUUAAGCGGAAGAUGUUAGAGGAGAAGAAGUUGACGUACGAAGUGAAAGGUGAGAGGGACUACAAAGAUCUCAAACUUCAUUUCAAGAAAGUACCGGAGAAGCGGAAAAAGAAGCGGUUUAGGAAUUUGUACACGGAGGACAGUUCGGAGGAUUCCGACUCGAGUCGGAGCGAGAAAGGGGUGGGGGAUUAUUCGGUGUAUCAGCGGGACUCACAGGGUGUUCCUAAGUUAAUUUUUAAGCGUAAAUCCGGUUUGCCUCAGCCUUUCGUGAAACUGGAGAGGUCGCAAGCCGUGGAGUUGUUGGCUAAAAAACGAAAACUCUACUAGUGAUAAAAGGGACCAAAGUUUGUUGUUUGUUUUGCGGUUAUGGCGGACUUUUGUUUGUUUGGAAGAUUGUGUUAACACCAAUGAUGAUGAUAAUUUGUUCCUAUGAUAUUAAGAGUCGAUAUAUAUUGCUUAUGCACGAGUGCAAUUCAAAAAAAUUAGAAAAUUGUUUAUGUUUGUGGAGUUUAAGGAUGUUUUUCGGAGGCAGCUGUUUAUUAACGGUGCACCGGUAUGAUAAAGUUUAAAUGGAUGUUAAUGGACACAAUUGAUGUUACAGCUCAUUCACAGUAUUAUAAAAAAAAAGAUGUUGCCUUUUGAAUUUUGACAGAGAUGUAUAUAUUUUUAGAAGGUUACUGUUGAAAAAAAUCUAUAUGAACAUUCCAUUUUAAUUAUCAUCAUGUCUGCGAGUGUAUAAUUUAUUUUUGUUUUACUUGUAAAUAAUUGUUUGAGGGCAUUAAGUUUAGAGCAAAAGGGACAGUUUUGUGCGACUGUGUUCUUUUCAAAUUUUAUUUUAUUUUUUGAUUGUUUGUAUAUUGUUGUAUUUAUGUAUAAGUAGUUACCAGAUUUGUGCACUGAAUAGAAAAUGUAUGAUUUUAAUUUUUCAUGAUGAAAUGUUAUCACUAAGUCAAUUUUUCUAUGUAGAUACAUUUUUUAUGUGAGAGUGCCUUAGCACAGUGAUUGUUGAUUUUUUACCACACUCGCAUUUCACUCCAUGGGCUUUAAUGGGACGGAGUGUAGUGUGGUAUUGUAUAUUUCAGCACUUGUGUUAUUAAAAAAGUUGAUAAAAUAUA